AUGGUUUGGUACAUCAAUGAUUAUGACCCGGAACCGGAUACCUUCAUCAUUUUCAGGCCGGUCUACAAAUCAAAACUCCCAAAAAAUUCCAAGAUUUUGUUCGAUUAUGAAGUGGCAUACAGCGUACAACCUGAAGCAGAUUCAGACGGAGAGGAAGAUCUUGACGCUUUGGAAACUAGAAUGAAGUAUCAAACUCUCGAGUUUGACAGAGAUAGGUUCAUCGGUGUCAAUGAGGCUACCAUGCAAGCCACGGUCUCUCAAAUGCUUGACACGAUCGAUGUUCCUCGUUAUAGCGAUAUCGUUGUGAGGCUCGCUCAUAAGAUCUUGAAUUUGGAAGAGCUACGUAAAGUGAAAAGAAUAGGAAUAGAAUUGGAUAUUAUGGUCCCGUAUUUUCCCGACGGUGUUGAUGAUGAUGAUGUGAGAUUGGCGGUAGCUCCGGCAGGCGAGGAGGAGGUGGAGCAACACUUGGAGACGGUGGUUGUUGAGAAUGAAGGGUGUUGUGUGAUAUGCAUGGAUACGAUCCGGGUUGGAUCCGGUGUGGAGACGGGUCGGAUGCCUUGUAUGCACGUGUUUCAUCGUACGUGUGGAGAGAAUUGGCUUAGGAGCAGUGGAAGUUGUCCUUUGUGCCGUGCCGUGUUUCCGUCUUAA